AUGUCAAAUAUAAUAAGUGGCAAAAUACUUAUACCAGUAUCAUUUGGGGCUUAUGCUUCAUUGGAUUAUCCAUUCAUAGUAUUGUGGGGGGAACAUAUUUAUAGACCUUACAAAAUACCAUUUUAUUAUGGUAAGUAUAACGAUAAAUAUAAUUACUACUAUUAUCCUAAUUAUAAUUCGCAAUCGGUGGUACCCAUUGAAUACAGUUCAUCAUUAUCAUCAUAUGAGAAUUAUGGAGAUAAUCAUAAUAAUGAAAUAUUGGAAAGUGAACGACAGGCGGAAGAUUUAUAUUAUUAUGACAGAAAUACAAAUGAUAAAACUUCACCUACCAGUCAAAAAGAUGAUCGAAGUUAUAAAAAUGACAAUUAUCAGACAUCCUUUUAUGAUAAUAUUAAAUAUACCCAGCCAGAUUAUAACACAGUUAAGAAAAAUAAAUCAAAUUCUAUGUAUAGUAAAUACAAUUACAAGAUGCCUGAAGUUACAAAUUCACAUAACAGGAAACGCUUACACAAAGAAUCGACAUACAAGUAUAAACCUAAUGUACAUAAACUAAAGAAAUUCGGAUAUAAUGAUCAAUACAAAGUAUCAAAGACAGUUUAUUCUAAUGAUAACCUUAGAAAAUAUCACAACAAUAACAGAAAAGUAAGUUAUCAAUCAAGUAAAUCUAAUGAUCACUAUCAUUUCGAUAAUCAGCAUCAUAUCGAUAAUCAUCAUUAUAUCGAUGAUCACCAUCAUAUCAUUGAUCAACAUCAUAUCGAUAAUGAACAUCGUAUGGAUAAUCCCCAUUAUAUCGAUGAUCACCAUCAUAUCAUUGAUCAACAUCAUAUCGAUAAUGAACAUCGUAUGGAUAAUCCCCAUUAUAUCGAUGAUCACCAUCAUAUCAUUGAUCAACAUCAUAUCGAUAAUGAACAUCGUAUGGAUAAUCCCCAUUAUAUGGAUGAUCACCAUCAUAUCAUUGAUCAACAUCAUGUCGAUAGUGAACAUCAUAUCGACACUGAACAUCAUAUCGAUAAUCACUAUCAUAUCGAUGAUCACAUAAUUAGGUCUUUAAACAAGAAUAACGAUAAGUUAGCAACAAUGAAAUUGAAAUAUUAUAAUCAACUUAUUGAUUAUAUGAGUAAACCGGAUUAUGAUAAUAAAAAUUAUGAUAAAUUUAAUUAUAGAAAAUAUCAAAAUCCUAAACGUGUUUACAAGAAACCAAUGAUCAAUAGUCGAGAAAUGUUAAAUGAUGUUUAUGAAAAAAAGAAAUUAAAGAAUGGCGAUAAAAAACGUCGAGAGGAAUACAGUGAUGGUCGAAAUGAUAAACCAAAACCUGACAAUGAAAAGAAUUAUAUUGAUAGAAAAAUUAAUUAUGAUGAGGGGAUAAAUAGAAAAGCCCCAAAAAACAAAAUGGGUAAAUCAGAAAAGAAGAGAGAAGACAAUAAAAAAGAGGUUAAUAAAGAAGUAAAACAUCCAAGUGAAGAUGAUGUUAGUGUGAUUAAAGUGGUCAAUGAAUACGCAUAAACAUAGAGUAAUGAAUAUAAUAAUAAUGUAAUGAUAAUUUAAUCCUAAAUAUAAUAAUUUAAUAU